AUGUGGCCUCCUUUGCGCCACAUCGAAAAGGAAGCAAUUUCAUCAAAAGUCAAAAGCUACAUCGAUGAGCUCCGCUUAAUCCCGUCGCCAAAAGCCUAUUGCAGCUUUGGCAACAAACCUCUCCGCGAGCCUAUCUUCUGGACCGGGUUUGGGGUCGAAAACCAAGGACUCGAUGGCCCAUUCGACUCGGAGUCGGACCUGAAUGAUGCCGUUAUUAAGAAGUGCCUAAGUUCAGAACACCUGAAGGGAAAAGCAGACUUCUUCAAGCGUCACUUGCCACUCAUUUUGGGCAGCCAUCCUCCCGUCCUCACCCAUGGAGACUUGCAGCGGAAGAACAUCUUGGUCCGGAUCAUGUCCGAUUUGGAUAUCGAAAUCACCUUCUUAGAUUGGGAAAUUGCAGGAUGGUAUCCUAGCUACUGGGAAUACGCUCGUGCAAUCCUUGCUUGUGGCCGGUUCGAGGAUGAUUGGAAUUGUUGGGUUGACCGAUACUUGGACCCAUUCCCGAACGAGUGGAUUUGGAUGCAUACUCUGAUGCUGGAACUGUGGGAGCGGCAACAGGCCCUAUUUGAGGCCAGGCCACAGGGAUCGCCAAGCAUUGCUCAGGAUUGUGCCGAGGCAUUCGGAGCGGAUAAAAGUUACCACUGUCCGGCUUACUUUCCUAAUCACUAUUCAUCAACCGUGGUAACUUGGGAAAUGCCGAAGCUCAUUCAGGGAUCAACUGCUAGAAUAAUCAUCACCGGCAAUCGAGCUGCCAAAAUAUAUAGCGGCAACGACGAGAAUUUCAUCCGAGAAUGCAACGUUUUGCGGCGACUAGGCAAGCAUCCAAAUGUGGUGGAAUUGCUUGAUGUCCAAGACAGAACAAUUGUUCUGCAGGCGGGACGAUGUCUGCGAGAUAUACUAAGAGAGGGCGACAUCUCAAAUGAACAGCAAGAAAAAUGGCUCAGUGGACUUGCCCGUGGUUUGCAGCACAUGCAUGACAACAACGUCCUCCACGCCGAUCUCAACGCUGCCAACACUAUUGUCUCCGGGGAUGAUGUCGCCAUGUGGAUUGACUUCGGUGGCUCUCAAAUUGACGACCAAGAAGCAUUGGCGAACUAUGACGAGUACAGUUAUCGACCCCCAGAGUAUCCGGAUCCUCCUGUUAGCCGAGCAACUGAUAUCUUUGCUUUUGGCUGUACCGUGUUCGAAAUCGAGACAAGCGCACCGCCCUUCUACAACGAGACUAAGCACAUGUCGCAGGACGGAAGAAUGUCAUACGUGGAGGACAUGUGUCGCCAACGACUCUUUCCAUCCGUGGAAAAUCUACGCUUCCGCCCCAUAAUUACGGGUUGUUGGCAGGGACGAUACGAGUCGAUGAGCGAUCUGAAACAAGAUUUGAAUUCCAUCGGUGUACAGCGAUCCCAGCCAUUGUCAUGGUAUUAUUUCCCAGCUAUGAGGACGGCAAUUCGGAACGGUCUCGGGCGACUUUGGGCCUUCUGCGCAGAGCAGUUGUUGAGGGAAACUCGUCAAUUUUUGGGAGAAAGGAGUGGCUGA